ACCUUUUAUAACCUCUGUACUUAGGCUGCUGCUCCUUCAUAUUCUGGUUUCAGACAUGGACAUGCCUUGCUUGUGACUGGGGAAAUCUAACAGGAGAAAUACACUUGGCAAGGAUUCCCGGGCCUGAUUAACACCAAACAAAUUUAAAUAAAUAAGUUCUAAAAAGGACAAAACAUUGAGUGGAAGACAUUCACCCUGAAUCAACACAGAGAAGCCUGGUGACCCUUUCUGAGGCAAAGAGCUGCUAAAUAGAUAAUUCUAGGAGCCCACACUCUGUUUAGCAGAUGCUUCCAUCUCCAAGGAACUGAGGCAAGGCCUGAUUUAGUGAAGAAUGGAAAGAAGGUCCCUUAGAUAAGAAGAAAACCAGCUUUUGGGAGGAAGAUAAAAUCUGUCUGGACCUUUGGAGUAGUGCAAAGGAAGGACUGGCUAUAAAAGCUUGAUCGUUGCAGUGAGGACAUCCUGCAAGCUGAAUGUGAGAAGGCACAGGCAUUCCCUGCCAGGUGGGUAAGGAAAAUCCCCAGCAAGUCAGAGGAGGAGGAGGAGGUGAAGCUGCCAUCGCUUCUCUCUGAGCAGAAAUUUCAACAAGGAAAACAAAUGGGUGAAGAAAGCUUGAAGAGAAGAAAAGGAGAGGACAAAGGAAGGGAGGACAGACAAUCCAUCCAGAGUCAUGAGCCCCAAACGAUGAACCUACAAAAGCAGGUGGGCCUCAUUAGUGGAAUCUGUAUGAUUGUUGGUACAAUUAUUGGCUCAGGUAUCUUCGUUUCUCCAAAAUCAGUUCUUGCCAAUGUUGAAGCUGUGGGUCCUUGUUUAACCAUCUGGGCAGCCUGUGGAGUUCUGGCAACAUUAGGUGCACUUUGUUUUGCUGAGCUUGGUACAAUGAUCACAAAGUCUGGGGGAGAAUAUCCUUACCUCAUGGAGGCAUUUGGCCCAAUUCCAGCGUUUUUGUUUUCUUGGACCAGCUUACUGGUUACAAAACCCAGCUCCUUUGCAAUCAUCUGUCUCAGCUUUGCAGAAUAUGCAUCAGCUCCUUUUUAUCCAGGUUGUGAUCCACCCCAAGCUGUCAUCAAGUGUCUGGCAGCAGCUGCUAUUGUGGUAAUUACAGUUGUGAAUUCAUUGAGUGUGAAGCUGGGAAGUUACCUCCAGAAUUUUCUCACAGCUGCUAAAAUGAUCAUUGUCACAAUCAUUAUUGUAAGUGGAAUUGUUCUCCUUGCACAAGGAAAAACAGAUAACUUCAAAGAUUCUUUCAAGGGCAGUAAAAUUUCUGUUAGCUCUAUCAGUUUGGCAUUUUAUAAUGGACUCUGGGCAUAUGAUGGAUGGAAUCAACUCAAUUACAUCACAGAGGAACUUAAAAAUCCUUACAGAAAUCUACCACUCUCUAUAAUUAUUGGAAUCCCCUUGGUCACAGUUUGUUACAUUCUGAUAAACGUUUCCUAUUUCACUGUGAUGACUUCAACAGAGCUCCUGCAGUCCCAGGCAGUUGCUGUGACAUUUGGAGAUAGAGUCCUUUAUCCAGCCUCUUGGAUAGUUCCUCUCUUUGUGGUAUUUUCGACACUUGGAUCUGCCAAUGGCACCUGUUUCACUUCAGGCAGACUUGUUUAUGUUGCAGGUCGUGAAGGGCACGUGCUAAAGAUACUGUCUUACAUCAGUGUUAAGUACUUAACACCUGCACCCGCUAUCAUAUUUUAUGGGGCCAUUGCUAUUAUUUAUGUUAUUCCUGGUGACAUCAAUUCACUCAUAAAUUACUUUAGUUUUGCAGUCUGGAUAUUUUAUGGUUUAACUGUACUUGCACUAAUUGUGAUGAGGUUUACAAGGAAGGAACUCAAGAGACCUAUCAGGGUGCCCAUCAUCAUUCCUGUCAUAGUGACAUUGGUCUCAGUUGUACUGGUAUUGGCACCAAUCAUCAGUGCACCUGAACUGGCCUAUUUGUACUGUACUUUAUUUAUACUUAGUGGACUUAUAGCUUAUGCACUUUUUGUUCAUUUAAAAUUCAGCUGGGCACAAAAGAUAUCAAAGCCCAUCACUAUGCACCUUCAGAUGCUUAUGGAAGUUGUUCCAGAAGAGGAAGCUACUAAAUGAAGUAUUUUAUACCCACCAGGUUGUUUUUAAGUGCUGUACUGGUUCAAGUAUAUUCAAUUUAGUUUGGCACACAUAUAUACUUGCUAAAUUGUUAUGUUUGUACUGGUGUAUUAAUUUUGCAACACUUCAGUACUUCAAAGCAUCAAAUAUAUAUAAUAAAAGAUUUCUAAGCCAGACUACAGUGUCCAGCAAAGCUGGUUUCAUUGUUUGUUAUAA